GUAUUGAAGAGAAAGGAAUGAAAUGGGAAAUAACAGAAAUUUUGAGCAACACCAGUAGUUAUCAUUUUUGAAUUUAUUUUUUGAAGCAGGCAAGUGUAAUUAAUAAAAUAUAAGAGAUUUAGUGGAUUGACAUUCUGACCCACACUCCAUACCAGUAGGUGGCGGAAAUGUACCUUAAAGCUGUGAGCCAACCGCCAUAAACCACAGAAGAAGAAGAAUAUUAUCAGCAGAUUCGAUCAAAAAUGUAAUGUUAGUGUUGUUUUUACUUUAGAAAAUUAUCGCACAUUGUUCACUAAUAUUGUGCUAUUUUGUGUUCAGUUUUUAUUUGACAUAUUACAGGGCCAUAGUAAUUUGUUUAUUUUUCUGAAGUGAAGAAAGUGCUUAGCAGUAGCUGCCUCUGCAUUGGCAUACACCGAUGGAGAACAGGCGAGGCUUUCAGUAGUAGGAUGGAUCCAGACAGUGGGACAGAAUCACAAAAAGCUGUCAGUUUGCAGUGGAAAAGCUACAAACUCGUUCAGGACCCAGCCAUCCGACGGGUCACACAGAAAAUCUACAGAUAUGAUGGAGUUCAUUUCAGCGUGCCAGAUUCUGGAUUUCCACCAGUGGGAGAUCUGCGAGACCCUAGACCGCGAAGGCUAUGGUCCAGAUAUUCAGAACUCUCUCUACCUGUGCCGAAAUUUAAGCUUGAUGAAUUUUUUGUGGGCCCCAUACCCCUCAAGGAGGUGACCUUCGCCAGACUUAAUGAUAACAUCAAGGAGCCCUUUUUGGCAGAAAUGUGUUCCAAGUUUGGUGAGGUGGAGGAGAUGGAAAUAUUGUUUCAUCCAAAGACCAGGAAGCAUUUGGGCCUGGCCAGGGUUCUGUUCACCAGCACUAGAGGAGCAAAAGACACAGUCAAGCACCUGCACAAUACUUCAGUGAUGGGUACCAUCAUUCAUGUUCAGCUGGAUAUUAAAGGUCAGCAGAGGCAGAAGUAUUACGACCUGAUAGUAAACGGGUCUUACACUCCCCAGACUGUUCCCCUGGGAGGGAAGGCUUUAACAGACAAGGUUCAGCCUCAGCCCCCGACUCAGCCCCAGCCUGACACGCCGUCAGAGAUGAGGCGUCGGCUGUCCAGCGAGCUGGUGGCUUUGGCCGCGGGAGUCCAGGCUCUCACAUCAGGAGGCGUCACACCCUGCUCUAAUGACACCGGCUACAGUGAGCCGCGAAUGGAAACCACUCCCUCCUCCUUAGUGGGCCAGUUCACCCCAAGUUCCUCUGCGUCGUCUCAGGGCGGCGGGGGCACACCGUACAGCUCCAGGUCCGGGACACCUUUCUCACAAGACUCGGGCUUCACCAGCACCAGGCAUUCGAGUUACAGCACAAGCAAUGUGAGCAGCGGAUACCCUCACCAGGAUAUGAUACCUUCCUCCUCUUCUGCAGUUUCAUCCACUGUUGGGGGUUACAAAGUAUCCCGCUACCCUGACGACUUACAGGAUCCGUCAGUGUAUCACCGUGGUCGCCCCGUUUACCCCCAUCCCACAUCGUUCCGCCCCAACGAGCCGCCGUGCUACCCUCCCUUCACCGGUGUCGGAGGACCAGGUCCACACAUGGCCCACCACUCCUCCAUGCCUCCGCCUCCCAUGUCCAACCAGUUUGACCCGCCCCCAAUGUCGGACAGGGAGCGGGAAAGAGACUCGGCGGGGAGGUACGGGGCGGCGGGGAUCGGUUCCAGAAGGUCGUCUUACCACCACCAGCAGGACGCGAACUCCUCCUCCAAGUACCACGCCCAUCACUCCCACCACUCGGAGCGCAGGGAUGAGAGGGCGUACCGCCGCGACAGCCAGGGGUCCCGCUCGGGCGAACACAACCACCAGCGGCACCGGAAUCACCACCACACUCACAACCACCACGGAAGCAGCAGCCGCCGGAGAAGCAGCCACGACCGGGACAGAGACCGGGACAGAGAUCGAGAUGCCGACUACCCCAAUAACUCGGACCCCAGAUACAGCUCAAACUCAUACCGCUCUUCCUCUAACAGCAUGUCUCCUCCUCCGUCAUCCUACUCUGCAUACGCCUCCAAAGAACCGGCCUCCGCCCCUCCUCAGGGCUCGGACGCCGCCACUCGUCCAGGAGGCGCCAACGCUUCAGAGCGAGUGUCUCUGCCGCCUGCUGGUGCUGACCAUCCUGCCCAUCACAGUGCUCUGCCGCCUCCACCGCCGCCACCACCUCCACUCCCACCUGCAUCGGUUAUCGCUGCGGCCGUAGCCGAGACUCUCGGAACGCUAGACUUCAAUCAGGACAGCCCCGUCCGCGGAGACACGUGGACGAAGCCCAAGCGCCGUCCCAGCACUCCACCGGCCCCGCCAAAGACGCCCCCGCCCUCCUCCCCGACCCAGCCCUCCGUGGCAUCCUCCUCCAACUCUCCCUCUUCAACAUCACUUCCUCAUCACCUUUCUUCUUCGUCCAAUUCCCCGCCGCCGCACCGAGACUCCUCCUCCCCAGAGCCAGACUCCACAAACGAAAGUUUGCCGUUCGUCUAUCACAGCAGCAGCCUGGACUCUCGAAUUGAGAUGCUCCUGAAAGAACAGAAGGCCAAAUUCUCCUUCCUCGCUUCUGACGAGGAGGAGGAGGAAGACAGGAAGGAGGUGAAGCAAAAGGGCCGAAGUGGGAGUGGAGGAGGGAGACGAGGCGGGCAACGCGAUGCAGACGAGCAGGAGCGCCAGGCAGACAACGGGGAGAGAGACCAUCGGAAGAAAGGGGAGAGGGAGCGAGAUGGUCACAGGGGACGGAAAAGGGGAAAAGGAGGAGAGGGCAGGAAAAGUCCACCUGUACCUGCAGAACCCGCGCUUCCUUCCUCCUCCUCACAUUCCCCCCACGUCCCACCUCCUCCAGAGGAACCUCAACCCCAGGUUGUCGUCUCUGGAGCUUCACAGGAGGAGUCUUCUCAGGCUGUUUCUGCAGAUGCAUCGAGCAGGACGGGAGCGCUUACUCCGCCUUUUAACGGGGAAAGUCAGGCUUCUCCUCGUUCUUCUGGAGAAGACAUGGAGAUCUCGGAGGAAGAGGAUGAAACGACUCCCAUAACCACCGUGGUGACCCACCAGCCGUCAGUCGCCUCAGGCUCCUCCCCUUCCUCCUCUCAAGCUGCAUUACCACAGUCGGACCCCUCGUCCCCGCCGCCAGCCAUUUCUGACUCCUCCCAGCACUUUGGCACUUCACUGCACCCCCCAGUACCAUCCUACCCCCCUCAUUUACCGCCCCCUCCGCCGCCCGGUUACUCCCUUCAGCCCCCUCCUCCGCCCGGCAUUCCUCCUCUCCCCCACAUGGAGCUGCACCCCGAGUACCCCCCCCAAAUGCCUCCCCACAUUUAUGACUACGCCUCCUCCAUGGAGCUCAUGAACCAGUACAGCGGGGGCACCCCCAUGUCCUUCCAAAUGCAGACCCACAUGCUCAGUCGCCUGCACCAGCUACGCAUGUCUGCGGCUAACGGGACGCCGGGCCCGGGCGAGGGCGCCACCGCCGACUACUCGUCCUACCAUCUCCACUCCAUGCCGCCGCCUCAUCACCCCUACAUGGACCAAGAGGGCAGCGGGGGCGGUGCUCACUACGACCAGGACCAUCGAUACAUGCCCCCCCCCAUGUCCUAUCCCUACCCCGACCCGCAAACCUCCCAGAUACCGCCCCCCGGCCAUCACAGCAUACCCCCACCGCACACCGGCUGGCCGCCACACGUCUUACCGCCGCCCUUUGCGUCCUACAUGCCCCCACCCGGCUAUGGCUCUAUUCUACCAGGAGAAGGAGAUGGAUUUAGGGCUCCUGGGGAGGAGAUCGCUCUGUUGGCUGAGAAUCCACACGAAGCCACCGUGCAGAUGGUCCUGGCCACUCUGAUCCAGGAAAUGAAGAACAUCAUGCAGAGAGACCUGAACCGCAAGAUGGUGGAGAACGUGGCUUUCGCCACGUUUGAUGAGUGGUGGGAAAGGAAGGAGACCAAGGCCAAGCCUUUCCAGACAAUGGUGAGAGGAGUUUCUGCCUUAAGGGAUGAUGAGAAAAAGGAGGAGAAAGUCAGUCGUCCUCGGGAACCCCUCACGUCUCUGGUGGACUGGGCGAAGAGUGGAGGAGUGGAGGGCUUUUCUCUCAGAGGAGCCUUACGUUUACCUUCCUUUAAGGUGAAACGGAAAGAGCCUCAGGAGCUGGAGGAAGGAGACAUGAAGAGACCCCGACCCUCCACUCCUCCGGAUGAAGAUGACGAAGCUGGAAGCAGAAGAAUGAAAGAAGCGGACAGACACGGAGCAGAGAGGGACAACAAGAGGAGGAAAAAGAAGCCGAGGAGUCGUAAACCCUGGGAGCUGGGCAGCGAGGGCGAGGAAACGUCUGAUGAAUCCUCCUCUGAAAAGGAGGAUGAAGAGGAAGCUGAGAGUGAAAAAGAGUCUGGUGAUGAAGCCAUCAGUGCAGACAGUGAUGAUGAGAGCCUCUCUUCAUCCUCCGAAGGCUCCUCUUCCUCCACAUCCUCCUCUUCAUCCUCGUCUGAAGAUGAGGAUGAAGAAGUGGAGCCAGCUGAGAGUGAAGGUCCGGACAGCAUGGAUGAGUCGACGAUGGACAGUACAACAGGAAAAGAGGAGGACGGGGUGAGCGCUGCAGCUGUAGUUUCAAAGGCAGAUCUCAAAAAAGGUGUCCCGAUCGGCAAAGAGGACGCUCCUACCAAGCAUCCUCUGUCACCACCUUACCCCCGCCCCUCAUCUCCCGUUGUCCUCGUCCCGCCUCUCAAGAAACGCCGAAAGACGGUCUCCUUCUCCACAGAGGAGAUGGAUGGAAAAGUUCCAGCCGCCCCAUAUUCCCUGUCACCCUCACACCUGGCCGGAGACGCCUCGGGAAGGCUUCCAGACGCAAAUCCGCCUGCCGCGCCGCCCUCUGGACGCCCCACUCCAGGAAUACAGCUGCUCCCCUUCGCCUCCAAGCCGGGUGAAGGGAACGCUCUCAUUGUCCCUCCACCUGGACGAACCCCGGAUCCCGAGGACCCCAAAAAGGGCCCCCACAUCCCCCCCUUUACGAGUCCUGCCAAAUCCCCCGUCAAACGCAGCACGAGCAAAGAGUCGCCCAAAUCCCCCGCCCCACCCGUCAUGGUGUGCCGCACUGUGCAGAACCUGCCGUUGGACCAUGCCUCCAUGUGCAGGACGGCGUUCGAGGAGGCGCCGCCGUCACCGUCUGUCAGCAAACGUGGCCGAGGCCGGUCCCGGACCCCCAGCUUCUCCGCCUCUUGUCAGUCUCUCAGAGAGGAAGAUGGAGGAGGAGAGGAGCCGGAGCAGAGGCUGAAGCUCCGGGAGCAGCUGGGAGCCUCCAGCCUCCUGCAGCUGGCCUCGGCCUCCACAACCGACCUGUCGGUGUUGGCUGACGUAGCUUUGAAAAUGGACCCUGAAGCUGGAGAUUCUGAGGAGACCGAAACGUCUGACGAGGCAGAGGAGCAGAAGAUGGAAGGAGGCUUGUUCUCCCCAGAUUCCCUCGCUUUGGUCAUGAGUCCGGAAGGAGUCGUCGUCCUUCUAGAACACAACUACUGCAAACCGCCUGUUCUGUCUGCCCCAUCCAACAACAAAAAGACGCCUUCUCGGCAAGAUUCCUCCGUCUUACUACCAGCAGACCUCAACUCUAUUUCUGGAGUCCUGGAAGCUCCAGAGGAGGUCAUUGGAGAAGCGUUACCGGCCAGAGGAGGGAUAGAAUACUUGUCUGCUGUGGGAGAGCUUUAUGACUCUGACGGCAUGAGCCCAGCGCCGGCCGUCACUCCGUCACCAAAGAACAAGAACGAGACAGCCAAAGGGCUGGAGCUCGAUAAAGACAAGAGCAAGAAACGCAGGAGAAAAGACAAAGAGAACCUGGAGCUACACAGCACCAAGAAACCGAAGGAGCAGCCAAGCAAGAAGCAGCGGAAGCGGAAGCUUGAGGACUCGGACCUCGAAGAAGACGUCGACGUGGAGGAGCUGGAGUCAGGAGAACUCUCCAGCUCCGACUCUGAGAGCGAGGUGAUCGAAGAAGUGAGGAAAAGCGAGCGCCUCUUCCUUCAGGAGGCGGGGGUGACGUCCAACCGUUGGCCCAAACCCAUCCCGGCACCGGAGCCGCCGGAGAUCAAGUUUGAGAACCGCAGCGAGUUCGAGCAGAUGACCAUCCUGUACGACAUCUGGAACUCCGGCCUGGACGCCGAAGACCUGAUGCUGCUGAAGACGACAUACGAGAAGCUGCUGCAGAACGAUCACAACUCCGACUGGCUCAACGACACACACUGGGUUCAGCACACUGUGACCAACUUGCCGAACCCUCGCCGUAAGAAGAAGAGUGCAGAUGGACAGCUCCGCGAACACGUGACCGGCUGCGCCAGAAGUGAAGGCUACUACGCGAUUAGUCGCAAGGAGAAGGACGUCUACCUGGAUCUGGACUUACCUGAGCAGGUCAUACGGGAGGUUGAAAACGUGGACACCUCGGGAGCGAACAGAGUUCUGUCAGAGAGACGUUCAGAACAACGCCGCCUUCUUACUGUCAUCGGAACGACAGCCGUCAUGGACUCUGACCUUCUGAAACUCAACCAGCUCAAGUUCCGUAAGAAGAAGCUUCGUUUUGGACGCAGCAGGAUUCACGAGUGGGGUCUGUUUGCCAUGGAGCCCAUCGCUGCUGACGAAAUGGUCAUCGAGUAUGUCGGUCAGAACAUCAGACAGAUGGUGGCGGACCAUCGAGAAAAGAUUUACGCACAGCAGGGCAUCGGGAGCAGCUACCUGUUCAGAGUGGACCACGACACGAUUAUAGACGCCACCAAGUGUGGCAACUUGGCCCGAUUCAUCAACCACUGCUGCACUCCCAACUGUUACGCCAAGGUUAUCACCAUCGAGUCCCAGAAGAAGAUUGUGAUCUACUCCAAGCAGCCCAUUGCCGUCAAUGAAGAGAUCACCUAUGACUAUAAGUUCCCACUUGAGGAGAACAAGAUCCCGUGCUUGUGUGGAACAGAGAACUGCCGGGGGACUCUCAACUAACGAAAGCACUUCCACCUGCACUUCUUGCCAACAUCCUGCCAGACCCAUUCACCCGUUUGGUUCUCCUUCCUCAGAGUGCUCGCAAAGUAGAAAACGAAGCCAAGCCGGAGACCACCAGCUCUCCAGAUGACCCAAAUCGGCUCAUUAAGUAGGAACCCAUGACGCAAGCAUUUGCACUUUGUAUGCGCAGCUUCAUUGACGGCGCAGCUCCACGUCUGUGGCGCUGCUGUGUGAUCAGGCGUGAACGAGCUGACGGGACCCCCACCCUUGACCCGAUCAUCGCAGUAUUGUUUGGACUUGAAAACGCAACAGAUUUCUAAACCAACAGAGAGGAGGUUCUCCCGUUGCCACGGCAACGUCCGUUUGACAUCUCCCUACAGAUCUUUGAUUGUUCCGUGUCCCCACGAUUCUGCAGAAUGACCCGUUCCCGCCCACCCUUCUGACACCCGCCAUCCGUAAACGCACAGAAAUACCAGACAAACUUCAGGGUUUUUAGAAGCGCCCGUUCAGGGCGCACUUUUAAAGUUUUACUUCAGUCUAUUUGGUUUUUCACCAAUGCCGGAUUUCCAAGCGUGAAGGUCGUCUUUGAGCUUCUUUUAAUUUCAUUUCUGUGUACUAUUAUUAGAAUAUUACUCUUGCUGUUAUUAUUAGUAUUGUAUUGGUUGAAUUAACAAAGUAUCUUCCAGUGAGUUGAGUUUCAGCAUUUCCACCCACUGUGGUUCUGUGAUUCAAACCGUCAUUUCCUUUCCCUGCUGGUUGUUUCUGUCCCGACUUCCCGUUAGCUGAUGGUGUUUUUUCUUUUUAACUCGAGCUUCCUCCACAAAGUUAUUAAUGCUGAUGUAUUUGCUUUUAACCUUUUAAUUUAUUUGUUCUUUAUCAUUUCAUCCAUUCUUCAGAGUAUUUUUAGCACAUAUAGAAUUCUGCCACAUGCAUUAAGCAAACAUCGAUGGGGGCUGCACAAAGACCAGGCUCCACCUCCUGCUUUCAAUGCAACCCCAAUGACAGUGUUUGCAUUUAGUUUUUCAUUUUUUUUCUGCUUUCAUUUGGAUGUCGACUUCUCGUUUCUGUCGGUUAAAAACCAGAAGAAGCUGUUGACUUCAUUCUCUUUGAGUUUUCCAGCCGCUUGUCCACUCGGUUAAAAGCACCUAAAUCAGUAAUCUUGCUAAACAAGAAAAAAAAACAGUGUGGGAUGUUUAUAUUUGCAAUUUCUUUGUUUUUUUUUCCUUAUUUUUUACAGUCUAUUUCCAUCUGCAAAUGUUGUGUCUUUUGCUAAAGCAUUUUUUUUUCGUUUCCUUGUGAAGAUUAACACUUAGUCUAAAAAAAACAAAAGAAAAGUGGUCAGUGUUAAGCUUUGGUAUUUUUCUGUGCUGCAGAUGUUUUAAAAAGCAUACUUGCCUGAUAAAGUCAGGCGUUUUCAACUUUUUAUUUAUUUUUUUUUCCCUCCCCAACAUUUUUAGGCUUUUAGAAAAUGCAUUUUUCUGGGAGUGCAGAUGUUUGUCCCAUCAGGAUUUCUCCAUAGUUAGGCAGUCUGUGGAAAUGGGUGAAAAGUGUCGCCUGCUAAAUUCCUAAACUUGAGCAGGUUCGCAGUGCACUGCAGGUAACGGGAUGACCUUGACCCCUUCCCCGUGUUUUUCUUGAGGCUAUCGCCGUCCAAAGUUUAACUUUACCGUUAAACUUUUAAUUCUUUUUAAAAAUAUUAUUAUUUUUUAUUUUUUUCCUUCUCCAACCACAAAAAUGUAUAUUACUCAUUGCAAUGAAAGCCUUUCUGUACAAACCGACCGACUUUACUACAGGAUAAAAAGAUUGAAUGGAAAAGAAAAAAAAAUCUUCAAGAAGUUCAUGUAAAUAUUGUAGAGGUGUUUGUUUCUCGUAGAAACACACAGAUUCCAGGCUGUAAAUAUGUUGUUCUUUUUCCUCUCUCAAGGAGGCGGAAACAUGUACAUACCUUCCAUUCAUUUAUUUUUUUAUUGUUUUGUUUUUUUUCCUUUUAAUUUGUCAAUUUUAAUAUUAUUUGCAAUAUUUCUCUUGUUAAUGCGUUGGACCCUUUAUUAAUGGUGCAUUAAAAUAUUUUUUAAAUAAAAAAUGA